UCCAAAUCGCACAAAAAAAGCAAAGUCAUGUGGUGAAGCCGCUGUACCUGUACGCGAAGCAAUGAAAGCACACGCCCCCGUCUUUUCCCAAAGACGCGAGCUCGCCGCUGCGCAGCAUCCAGAUUCCAGAUAGUACUAUUGGCAAAGCACAGGUUUGGGGCGCCAUGGGCUCCUACCACUACACCUCCACCUCCCACUUCUUCUUCGCCGGCGGCGGCGAGGGGGAGUACUCCAGCUACAAGGGUACUGGUAGCACCGACACCCACAGGCCCACCACCGUGCGGAUCCCGGUUACCACCCCGGGCCCGGAGCGGCCGCCGGACGACGCGGCGGCGGCCAGGAUCCAGGCCGCGUUCCGGGGGCACCUGGUGAGGAGGCACGCCGCGGCCGUCCGCGGCGCCGACGACGAGGCGACGCGGCUGGAGCGGCUGCUCCGGAGGCAGGAGACAGUGGACGCCGUCCGCGGCGACGAGCGCGAGCGGGCGCGGUUCUCGGAGGCGCUCAUGGCCGUGCUGCUCCGCCUCGACGCCGUCCCGGGGUACUACCCGGCCGUGCGGGAGGCGCGCCGCGCCGUGACCCGCCGCGUGGUGGGGCUGCAGGAGGUGUUCGACGCCGUGCUCGCCGCGCCCGACGCCGCCGACACGUGCGGGGUCCCCGCCAGCCUGGAUCAGGUCCUCGAGGGGAUCUGGGGAGAGUCGCCGGCUGCGCCGCCACCGCCGCCGCCGCCGCCGCCGCCAGCGGCGGUGGAGGUGGAGGAGGAGGUGGUGAGGAGUCCGUGCUGGAGGAGAUUUUUCGGGGGAGUGUAGCAAGUGGUGUAAACUGUCAAAAGUGUAUGCAACCGAAUUUGUUGGGAAAUAUGCCGGAAAUAUGUUGGUGUGUACCUAUAAAGUAUUAAAGUGGUGUAGUAUAAUGCUAUGAACAAUCACGUAACAUAGUAAAUAACGGAUUAACAACAUGCUUGUUUUGAAUCUUA